AUGGAGCAGUUUUCUUGCGGCGGGAGACUAACUUCGGCGCAAGUGAAGCAGAUCGCACCGGAGGCCGUUAACUUUCCCGAUCGCGAGAGGCUUGUGCUCUCGUUUUGGAACGAUUCGAGAGCGUUUGAGCGCUCAAACGAGUUAGCUGUCGGGAAACCGCUCUUCACGUUUUACGACGGCCCGCCAUUUGCCACGGGCCUGCCACACUACGGGCAUCUUCUUGCCGGGACUAUUAAAGAUACAGUGACGCGCUAUGCUUACCAAACCGGAUACCAGGUUCCCCGGCGAUUCGGUUGGGAUUGUCACGGCCUUCCAGUCGAGUACGAAAUCGAUCAGAAACUUGGCAUUCGCUCACGGGAAGAUGUUUUGAAACUCAGUAUCGCAGCUUAUAACGAAGAAUGCCGAAAAAUCGUUCUACGAUACUCGGGAGAAUGGGAGAGGAUCGUUUCCAGAAUGGGACGGUGGAUUGACUUUAAAAACGGAUACCGCACCAUGGACACAUCGUUCAUGGAAUCGGUAUGGUGGGUGUUCAGCCAGCUUCACAAAAAGGGACUAGUGUAUCGCGGCUUCAAAGUCAUGCCGUUUUCAACAGCAUGCAGCACGCCUUUGAGUAAUUUUGAGACGAACUUGAACUAUCGGGAAGUUCAGGAUCCCGCGAUCACGAUUUCUUUUCCUGUGUUGAAUGAUCCUGAUCACGCCUCGUUUCUGGCAUGGACCACCACACCUUGGACUGUGCCUAGCAAUGUCGCCCUCUGUGUUCAUCCGGAAUUGAUAUAUGUGCGCGUUCGAGAUCAUUCCCGUGAGGACCGGGUAUGGAUCCUCGCAGAGGCCCGCCUAGGUAGCAUCUUCAAAAUGAAUGAUGCACGGAAACACUCAAGUGCAUGCGAAUUUACGAUCAUCGCGAGGCAUCACGGAUAUGAGCUUGUUGGUUUACAUUACGAGCCUGUGUUUGAUUAUUACAAGGACUCGCGCUUCCGCGAGCUUCUCCGAGACCCGUUCCGAGUCUUGGGCGAUGAUUUCGUGACCGCAGAUAGCGGGACUGGUGUCGUGCACCUCUCGCCAGCUUUUGGUGAAGACGAUUAUCGAGUCUGCAUGAGAGAAGGAGUGAUCGGCUGUGCAGGAGGAAGGCCGGACCGACCUGUCUGGUUACCGUGCCCCGUGGACGAAGAUGGCAAGUUCACAGAACCUGUGGAUGAUUUUCGUGGGAUGUAUAUCAAAGAGGCAGACCGGGGUCUCAUACGUAAGAUGAAGACCCUCAGUCGACUCGUGAAGCACGAGACCUACACCCACUCUUACCCUUUCUGCUGGCGCAGUGAUACGCCACUGAUUUAUCGCGCCGUUCCGUCGUGGUUCAUAGCUGUUGAGAAAUUCAGGGAUCGCCUCUUGGAUUGCAAUGCGAGAACCUACUGGGUGCCGGAAGUGAUUCGGGAACAUCGUUUCGCGAACUGGCUUGAGAAUACACGCGACUGGAACGUAAGCCGGAACCGUUACUGGGGCACGCCUCUUCCCGUGUGGACGGAUCGUACCGGCGAUGAAAUCAUUGUCGUUGGAUCGAUUGCUGAGCUCGAAGAGCUUGCGGGUCUGCCCACGGGCUCGAUAAGUGAUUUACACCGCCAUAACAUAGACUCGAUCGAGAUACGAAGCCGGCAGAAUCCAGGAAAUGUGUUACGACGAGUGGAAGAAGUCUUUGACUGUUGGUUUGAGUCCGGCGCGAUGCCGUAUGCAAGCGUUCAUUACCCAUUCGAACAUGAAGAAGAUUUCUUCCAGAAAGGCAUGUUCCCCGCGCAGUUCAUCGCUGAAGGUCUGGACCAAACACGAGGAUGGUUCUAUACGCUCAUGGUGCUCGGAACUGCGCUAUUCAACGAACCCCCGUUCAAGAAUGUGAUCGUGAAUGGCCUCGUUCUUGCUGAAGAUGGAAAGAAAAUGAGCAAACGUCUGAAAAACUACCCAGAUCCGAUGGAUAUGAUAGAGAAUUUUGGAGCUGACGCCUUGCGCUUGUACUUGAUCAACUCCCCUGUGGUUCGUGGGGAGCCUCUUCGUUUCAAGGAGACUGGAGUCAAGGACAUCGUUCGAGACGUGAUGUUGCCUUGGUAUAACGCUUUUAGAUUUUUCAUCCAGAACUUUGCAGCAUUCGCUGAAGCCAACGCGGAAGCGGACACGCUUCUUCGUCAGGCAAAAGGCACGACUGAGCGCAGCAACCCCAUGGAUCGCUGGAUUUUAUCCCUCUUGGCCUCCCUGAUCAGUUUUCUUCACAAAGAAAUGCGAGCCUAUCGCCUGUACACUGUGGUACCCCGGUUACUCCUUUUCAUCGAGUCGCUCACGAACUGGUAUGUGCGUCUGAAUCGACCGCGGCUGAAAGGCUCAGGCGCUCGCUCAGCUUUGGAUCAGGCCGUAGCGCUUUGUACGCUCGGGGACUUGUUGAGCAGACUUGCGGUUCUUAUGGCGCCUUUUGCUCCAUUCAUGGCUGAAUGGACGUAUCAGACGCUCCGCAGCCUUCCUCUGGUAAGCUUAUAUGAGCAGACCGCAGACUCGGUGCAUUUCCUGCCUCUACCUUCAAGUGACGAGGAAGCGGUUGAUCUCGUCUUUGAAGAAAAAGUGCGCCACAUGCAGCUUGCAAUCACACUGGGAAGAGCCAUACGAGAGCGACGCAAUGUCGCUCUCAAGCAGCCCUUGCACACGCUGACAGUGAUUCAUCACAACGAGCAGACCUUGCAAAAUGUUGCGAGUCUUGAGGAGUACGUCCGGGGGGAAUUGAAUGUGAAACAAGUUGUGUACAGCACAGACGAAGACCGCUACAUCUCCCGGAGGGCGAUACCUGAUGGCAAACUUCUGGGGCGGAGGCUUGGGUCAGCAUUCAAGGAAGCAACUGCGGAGAUUCGAAGCUGGACGCCUAUGCAGGUCGCAAAAGUUGAGCGCGAACGCUCUGCAACUGUGUGCCAGGGCCGUUACCAGAUUUCGGUUGAUGAAAUCUUCAUUAAUCGGGAUGUCAACAGGGAGGCGCUCCGCGAAGGCGAGGACGUUGAAUGCGACGUCUUGAAUGGCAUGAUUGUCAUCCUGAACCUCGGUAUAGAUCACGAACUUUUUCUGGAUGGCAUUGCACGGGAGAUUGUGAACCGGGUGCAGAAGUUACGAAAGAAACUUGGCCUCGUCCCUAGUGAUCGCGUCGAUGUGUUUAUCGAAGGUGGUUCUGUCGUAGAGCAAGCACUCAAUAGCCGGGCCGAUUUGGUCGGCAGUAUGCUGGGAUGCAAAAGACUGCUGUGCACUGAGGACCUGUCUUUGUUGCGCAAGCGGUUCAUUCCCCAGAUCCCCUUGAUCGCGCAAGAGCAUGUCGAACCCCUUCAGGGAGACCAUGUGUGCAUUUCGUUGGUUCGCGCUGGUCUAUGGCUACUCCCGAGUGCAUUCACGAAGCGACCAGCUACUUUCCUCCAUGCCUUGCAGUCGUUUCUUCUUGGAAUUCGCGAGCGCUUCGCCGCUGCGAAUGAGAACCCCAAUAUACUGCGCGUCGUUCUGGACGGCGAGCGUUUGGAGCUUCACGAACACAUCCAUUUCAGUAGGUACGCUGCGGAUAUCGUUGCUGACUUGAAAGCCACCGCCCAGCACACAGCAUCUAUGGAAGCACGCUGA